UAAACGUACACGGUUACCUUUGAGUAAAAGCAUAUAUAUGACCAUGAAAUCGAACAAGUAAAUAAUAGACAGAAAAAAUGCUUGCCCUUUAGUUGAAGCAAAACCUGACCAAAGACUCUUCUGAAGAAACUCAAGAACUUGAAUAUCAGAUAAAUACUCAGCACCAAAACUACAUUUGCAAGUGACAAAGAUCAUCACCAUGGCAUCACCAGCAGUGAAGCUUUAUGUGGAAGACGAUCAAGUGGUUAUGGACAAUGGCAUAGUGCAAGUGUAUUUAUCCAACCCUGGUGGAUUUGUUACCAGAAUUCAAUAUAGUGGCAUUGAUAAUCUGCUUGAAACUCGUAACAAAAGUGGAGAUAGAGGGUACUGGGACGUUGUUUGGAGUGUAGCUGGAAGUACAGGAACCACGGGCACAUUUGAACGGAUUGUGGGAACAAGUUUUAGUGUGAUAGUGGAAAAUGAGAAAGAGGUUGAAAUCUCAUUCACAAGUAAGUGGGAUCCAUCUCUAAAGGGAGAGAAAGCACCUCUUAAUAUUGAUAAGAGGUAUGUGAUGCUUUCCAAUUCCUCAGGAUUUUACUCCUACACCAUCUUUGAACAUUUACAGGACUGGCCUGCUUUCAACAUACCUCAAAUAAGGACUGUUUACAAACUUAGUAAAGAAAAGUUUCAUUACAUGGUGGUGUCUGAUAAUAGACAAAGAUUUAUGCCUCUCCCUGAUGACAGAUUGCCAGGAAGAGGGGAAGAACUUGUUCCACCAGAAGCAGUUUUGCUUGUUAAUCCUUUGGAGCCAGAGUUUAAGGGAGAGGUUGAUGACAAGUACCAAUACUCAAGUGAAAACAAAGAUCUUAUGGUUCAUGGAUGGAUAAGUUCUCAAUCUCAAACAGACCCAUUUGUAGGGUUUUGGGUAAUCAUACCAAGCAAUGAGUUUCGUUCAGGUGGCCUAGUAAAACAGAACCUUACUUCCCAUGUCGGCCCAAUAAGCCUGGCUAUGUUUCUGAGUGCUCAUUACGCAGGAGAAGAUAUAGUUCUGAAAUUGCAACCAAAGGAGCCAUGGAAGAAAGUUUUUGGGCCAACUUUUGUUUAUCUUAACACUUUAUUAGAUGGUGAUGACCCCAAAGUGCUAUGGGAAGAUGCUAAAGAUAAGACGAAGGCAGAUGUUCAAAGUUGGCCCUAUGAUUUUCCAGCCUCCGAAGAUUUUCAGAAGUCUACCCAACGAGGCAGUGUCUGUGGCACAUUACUAGUCCAAGACAGGUUUUUGAGUGAUGAGUAUAUAAUAGCAGAAGGCGCUUAUAUAGGAGUGGCAGCACCAGGAGAAUCUGGAUCAUGGCAAAGAGAAUGCAAGGGAUACCAAUUUUGGAGCAAAGCAAACGAGAAAGGAUACUUCUCAAUCGAGAAUAUACGCAGUGGGAAUUACAAUCUCUAUGCAUGGGUUCCAGGUUUCAUUGGAGAGUAUUGGAGUAAUGUUCUCCUCACCAUAACACCAGGUUGUGAAAUUGAUGUUGGUGAGAUUGUUUUUUAGGCUCCAAGAGAUGGCCCAACAUUAUGGGAGAUAGGCAUUCCAGAUCGUUCUGCUGCUGAAUUCUAUGUUCCUGAUCCCAAUCCCAACUACAUCAAUAAGCUUUAUGUUCAUCAUCCAGACAAGUCAGAUCCUAUUCACACAAAUAAAUAACAACUUAUUCAACAUUUUCAGCUUUCUGCUCCCACCAAAACUACUAAUCAUUCUUAAAUUUGGUUCAUUCUUCACAGGUAUAGGCAAUAUGGGUUGUGGGAAAGGUAUGCAGAAUUAUACCCAAAUGAAGAUUUAAUUUACACUGUGGGUGUAAGUGAUUAUACAAAAGAUUGGUUCUUUGCACAGGUCACAAG